UGUGUGCGCUGCCAGUGUCAGACUCGUGCGAUUGUGUGCAAGAGGCGUUGAGUCAAAUCGCCAGUCGGUGCAAGGUGGGUGUGACAGGAGGCACGUUUGUAAAUCGACGGUCAUAAAUUCAAGAUGGCAGCCCCUGAAGAUAUUCAGGUCAAGGAGCUUGACAAGCGGGCCUCUGGCCAGGCCUUUGAGGUUAUCCUUGGCGCUCCGACCCCUGACGCGAUGGGUGACUUCCCCUUGGCGCCGCCAAAGAAAAAGGAUGUCUCACUGGAUGAGAUUCAGAGGAAGCUGGAUGCUGCAGAAGAAAGACGCAAGAACCAUGAAGCUGAAGUUUUGAAGCAUUUAGCAGAAAAACGGGAGCAUGAAAAAGAAGUGCUGCAGAAAGCUAUGGAGGAGAACAACAAUUUCAGCAAGAUGGCUGAGGAGAAACUCAAUCAAAAAAUGGAAACCAACAAAGGGAAACGCACUGCAAUUAUGGCAGCAAUGAAUGAAAAAUUCAAGGAGAAAGACAAAAAAUUAGAGGAGGUGCGAAAAAACAAGGAAACCAAUCAAAGCAACGUGGCAGAAGAUACUUCUGAAGACUGAAUGACAUGGGAGAUGUUCAAUUAUAUGUGAAUGCAAUAACAUUUCUGUAUUUGCGUAUUCCUUUUUGGGUUGUUGAUGUUAGCCAGUAUAUGUGUGCCCUUCCCACUUGAAGUAACAAUAUACAUCGAUUCUUUUGAAUUCUCAAGAUAGAAGCGCGCUUGUGCUUUGCGUGACUACCAAUCUCAACACUCAGUUUAGUAACCUGUUAGUCGUGAAAUGUAUUUAACAUGCUUUGCGUACGUAAUCUUAAAACCUGAUAAUUCCAUGUGGUUUUGAAAUGGUGUUAAGUCUCAAGUUCCGAAGAAGGCAAAAUGUGUUCCGCAAAGCCAGGGGGGGGGGGGGGGGGGGGGGGCA